GUGAUGAAAACAAACCUACAAAGUUGCUAGGUCUGAUAUGAUGAUGCAGAGAAGUGGUUUGAUAUUUUGGAGAAAACAUAAAUGAUGGAACGAAAUUAAAGAAAAAUGGACACCAAAGGAGUUCAUAAACUCCAGAAGAUGGCAGUAAUGAAUCAGUAAAUCAGCUUUUAAACCUCAAAGAAGAAGAAACCCACUGCGCAUGAGCAUGGGAACACAAUAAUUACAUGGUGAAGUUAUUUCACAGUAUGGCUCUCGUUCCGUAUGUAGAGAAUUCGUUACCUGCGCUUUCCAAACUCCACAAUUCAUCAGCAGAGUUUUAUUUCGCCAAACAUAACCUCCGUCUUUCCCAGGACUGGAAAAAGCUGGGGGUCGCAGCAGUUGUGUGGGAUGCAGCAGUUGUCAUGUGUAUGUACCUGGAGCUGGGUAAGGUGGAGUUGGAAGGGAAGGUGGCGAUUGAACUGGGAGCUGGAACUGGACUGGUGGGGAUUGUGGCAGCCCUGCUGGGUGCCAAAGUGACCAUCACUGACAGAGAGCCUGCCCUGGACUUCCUCUCUGCCAAUGUGAAGGCCAACCUGCCCCCAGACUCCCAGGGAUCAGCGACUGUGUCUGAGCUGACCUGGGGUCACCACCUUGAACUUUACCCAGCAGGAGGAUUUGACCUGGUGCUGGGAGCGGACAUUGUUUACCUGGAGGACACAUUUGUGCCGCUGCUGCAGACUCUGGAGCACCUGUGCUCAGAGACCAGCGUUGUGUUACUGGCCUGUAAGAUCCGCUACGAGCGAGAUACAAACUUUCUGAGCAUGCUCAAGCAGCGGUUUGGAGUUGAAGAGGUCUACUAUGAGAAACAAAGGGACAUCCAUAUAUAUAAAGCUUGGAAACUGCCACCAAGGAGGGACUUGUGACUGCCUUCUUAUUUGUAAUAAUGUCUUGUUUUGCAUAAGAAUUAAAGAAAACAUUUUCAAUUCACCAAAGAUUACCAGAAACACAUUUAUUACCAGCUGCCAAAAAUGUAAUAUUUGAAUAGCUCUGACAUAAUGCACUGUAUUAUACAAGUUGGUGCUGACAUUUAGAAAUUGUGAAUACAAAAUUCAUGAAAAGCAACAUAAAAAAGCAUACUAUGUCAUGACUAUACAUAAUACCUAAAAGAAUACAGUAUGACAUUCCAUUAUCAUGAAAAUAUCCAUUUUGUUCACCAUGAAGUCAUCGUGAUUUUGAUUUGGUCGCACUUUGCAAUCCUUUUGCAGGGAGGUUGAUAGGUGCAAUCGGGUUGUACUUGGUGAGAUUUGAAGCUCCACACAACUAAUAACGUGAUCAAUGAUCAUGAUCAAUGUGAUGAUGCCUUGAUAUUUAAUAAGCAACAAAACACUCACAUUUGUUACUUUCAAGUAAAAUCUCAGCGGCGUCCCACCUUGCAGCAGCAGGCUUUGCCUGUCAGUGUUGCAUGAGAUUUUCCUGUUAAAUCAUGUGAAAUGUUGUAGGAUUGUAUAUGCAGGGAAAGUGCACAUGCCACUUUGUAAACCUGUAAACAGAAUUUGGAGACAGCCCCUGCUGAUGCCACUACAAAAGAGGUCCUGGUAUCUCGGUUUCUUAUUAUCAAUUUACAAACAUUCAACUGCACAAAUUAUUUCUCAUAAGUUGUACAGAGUUAAUGUAGGCUUUCCCAAUAAACAAGGUGAUAAUAUUAAAUGUUCAAAGACAAUAAAACACAAACAUACCAGGCUAUCCAUGAUUCCAGUAAAGGGGCAUGUGUCUCCAAAAUUUGUUUAGAAAUAUGCAGACAAAGUAUCUCUUCCAUUGCAUAACAUGUAAGGCUCAUUUUUUUGGUUUUUGUUCAAAAUCCAGGAAUUAAUGAAACAAAUUUUAAAAAGUGGAUUGACAGAAUAAAAAAUAUGGCCAAAAAAAUAUUUAAAAACCAAACACUGUAAGUUAACCUUCUUUUUUUAAACAUUAUAUACUCUGGUGUAUGAGCAGCAGCUCAUUUCUAUUUUAUUCCCAUUUGUUGACUUACUAGAGGCAAACUAUGCCAAAACAAGACGUUGUUUACUGCAGACUUACAGGGAACUAACUCCCACUGUAAAUCUGUUCAAAAAGAUCUGCUCCUUUUUAUAACUCGGGGGAUAUUUCUGUGACGAUAGUUAAAAAUCUAAAUCAGUGAACCUCAGUAAUGUGAUUGGGAACAUGCAUUGCAGACCCAAAAACAUUUGAAGAGAUCAGUCUUGUGUCUUCCAAAUUCACCACUGUCCAAGUUCUACAGUCUCUUCAUGUAUUUUAAAGCUGCAAUUAACAUGAACACAAUGUUACAAACUGACUUAAUGGUUAGCUUUUUUGUUCAUGUCAUAUCAAGGCAAAGUAAAAAGUUAACUAACAAAAAGUCAAUGGCAUUAUGAGAGCAGACAAUCUAAUACAUAAACCAAAACACAGCUCAGAGAUAAAAUAUCCAUGACACAGCCCAUCUACAGUUCAAAGCAUUGGUAAGUAACAGAUGUUAAUGCAAGAGCUCAGUUACGAUUACAAAUGUUGCACGUGAAAGUAACCUCUCAAGAUGAUCCAAGUGUCUCUAGGAGAUCAAACUGUAAAAAGUUCUGUUGUUAGUGGUGAUGGUGAUCAAGCAGUUCCCCGUUGCUGGUGAUGUUGCCCGGUGUGUCCAGGCACCAGUGACUGUAAUGUUUCCCUUUGGUGGCGCAAAAACGAAACGAAAACAGCCUCAUCGUCUGUUCUAUCACUUCACCACAAGGACCCUGUAUAGUUGUAGUCUCCAUCACACUGCCUCACCCUGAAACUGAUGGGAACAGAAUUGGGAUUUCAAAUCAGUGAAGUGGGAGGUGUGUGUUUUUAUUCUAUUCCUGGUGAGUCACUUUACAGAUUUUCAGCAGUCUUUAAAAAGAAAGCAAAAGAGUAGAAAAGGGGGCGGGAGUAGCAU